GGCCGGAUCUAGGCAUCCCGGCGAACUUCUGAGGAGGCAGAAGCGCCGAGGCGCCGCGACACAACUCCAGUCUGUGCUCUGCGGAGCGCUGCGGACCCCAGACUGGAGCUGCUCUGGAGGGACCAUUUCACCAUCGACGGAAACGACGCGUUUUGACUUACAUGCCUGGCUUCGUGCGCAGGGCUGGAGAGCUCGAGGUUAACUUUGAGCUUUCUCCCGUUCGAAUCGCUGCAAACGCGGGCACCAGGGGAAACGCCAGUAUCUUUGUAUGAGCGAAUCACUGUAAACACUUACAUGAACUUUAAUUCACUUUGUGUAAGCCCUUCUGCGACCGCCGUGCGCAGGAGACGGUCAUGUAUAUGCGCGUCUCCAAACGAAGACGCACGGAGAUGUGCCGAAAAGUCUCGAGAUUAUUUACUGUAAACCAAUCGCCUAUAUUCAUUGUCGCCUCGCAGUAAACGACCCCAAAAUUAGAUUAUCAUAAAUUAAAUCUUCCAAUUAGAAAAACGGAUCAAUCCUCGUGCGUUAAAGAAGUUCUAGCUCUGUGGGCUGCACUGUAACUCUGCAAAGGCGGACGCAAAGCGGUCAGCGUCGCACAGAAAAUUACUUGUGUUCUACAAAGUGGCGAGGCGUUUUAAUUGAAAUACAGCGAUCCGCGUCCUCACUCACUGCCCGGGACUGUUUGUAUGCUUGAAAUGGACUUGGAAGACCUGCCGUGGAGGAUGCAAGGGAGCUAACAUUUGGAAACAACACAGACACAAAACGAGAACAACUGAGACUCCUGGAAAGCUAAUCCCAGCAUGGCCUCGGGUCUGGACAGCAGCUGCUCCAUGGAGCUGAGCGGCUGGAACAGCAGUGUGAGCAGCUCCGGAGCCUCCGUCCCCUGCAACCAGAGCGUCCUGAAGCUCGCCCCUUACUCCCCUGAAGCCACGGCGGCCUUCGCCACCGCCAUAACCCUGAUGGUCGUCUUCACCAUCGUGGGGAACAUCAUGGUCAUCAUCGCCGUCCUCACCAGCCGGUCGCUCCGAGGUCCGCAGAAUCUGUUCUUAGUGUCACUGGCUGCUGCGGACAUAUUAGUGGCCACUCUCAUCAUCCCCUUUUCUCUGGCCAAUGAACUUCUCGGCUACUGGUACUUCAAGUCUCUGUGGUGUGAGAUCUACUUGGCGCUGGAUGUGUUGUUCUGCACCUCUUCCAUCGUGCACCUCUGCGCCAUCUCACUGGACCGCUACCUGUCAAUUUCCCGGGUCACUUACGGGCGUCAGCGGACUCCCAGGCGCAUCAAAGCCGCUAUUGUGGUGGUGUGGCUCAUCUCUGCCAUCAUCUCCUUCCCUCCCCUGCUCUCGUUGAACAAAAGCGAGGCAGGGGACCUGGGGACAGAGAGAGGACCACAGUGCCAGCUAAAUGAUGAACGCUGGUACAUCCUUUACUCCACCAUCGGCUCCUUCUUCGCCCCAUGCCUCAUCAUGAUCCUGGUCUACGUAAGAAUCUACCAAAUAGCCAAACAGAGAACACGAUGCCCACCGGGAGAGCCCAGGAAGGACGGGGUUGGCUGUGCCACACCGAGCCAGCCUCCACGACAUGUGCAGGCCAAUGGGAAGGAUGAUGAAGAGAGCACACCCCCGUCAUCCAACAAAACCUCCAAUGCCAGACCCCCCACCCUUGCCAUCACCCCUUCUCCAUCCCCAGGAGAGUCUCAAACCUCCCACAAUCCCACAUCAAAUAAUCUCCUUCAACCCCCAUCACCUUCUCCAGCCAUGACCCCCGUUACAGCCACCCUUGAUACCUCUCCUCGUGGCCCCUCGACCCCCUCCUCUCUGCCUCAGUCUGCCCCCGCCAAGACUAAAAAGGGGAAGAAGGGCAAGCAGCAGAGAGGGAAAAAAGCAGACAAUAACAAUGGCGACAGCUCAAGCACAGAGAGCGAUAUGGAGCACAGCCAUGGAGGAGGCCGAGGCAGCACCAGCAUGCCCGGGUCACCUGCAGGAGGGGGGAUCCACUCCCCGGCCUCAGUCAAGCGCUACCGGGACUUGAUCGCCACUUCAAAGGGGGCUCGGCUGGUGCCAGGGAGGAAGUCAAAAACAGAGAACAACCCUGGAGCAGCGAGGCGUAAAGCCAUGGUCAACAGAGAGAAACGUUUCACCUUUGUUCUGGCAGUGGUCAUUGGUGUCUUUGUGGUGUGCUGGUUCCCAUUCUUCUUCUCCUACUCUCUGCAGGCAGUGUGCCCGGAGACCUGCGCCAUCCCCGAUCCACUCUUUAAGUUUUUCUUCUGGAUCGGUUACUGCAACUCUUCGCUCAACCCAGUCAUAUACACCAUCUUCAACAAAGACUUCAGAAAGGCCUUCAAAAAGAUACUGUGCAGAAGCACCAAGGGUACUUUCUUUUAGCAUACAAAUCCACUGUAUAGGACAUGGACACAAAAAUUGCUACUCCUGAGGCAUAGAAAAAAAACAAAACAAUCAUUUCCUUUUUUCGGAACACUGAAAGGGCUGUUUUAAAAAUCCGUUGAACUGUGGAAAUUCCAGCAUAAAAUUCAGAGCUGAGAGCCACUCUUUUACAGCCACAGUGUGCGUAAACAGGCAACUUGGGCUGUGAAAUCCUAGCUGGCAGCUGAUACACACAUAAUUUUUACAGGGUGUGGGUGAAAACAGGACACGGACCAGAGGCAGGGCUAGACUACACUAAACUGCUUACCACCUCAGUAUUGCUGACAAGAUUUUGAAUGCAAGGUUUUACCUCCAGAUCACACAGUGUAAUGGAUAUUACUAGGACAAAGAGUGGUGCAACGUCAUAGAAGAAAUAUACAAAAAAACAGAAGGUCUUGAAGAAUGCAGGAAACUAUUGAGAACACUUAAAUAGAAAUAAAGAUUAUUUAAUACAUAAUAUAUAAGUUUUUUUGUGAGGAUUCCAGGACUACUGGGGAAAGAAAACUGAUGAAAAGAAGGAAAAGUGACUUUAAAUUCCUAUGAGCCUAGGGCCCUUUAUUUAUCAAUACAGAGCACAAGGAGCGCACAAGGUUGGUGGUGAUUUCUUACGUCUGCAGUCUUAAUUUGCCCAGCUGCAGGGCAAACAUGUGUUUCUCGAUUUUAUCUAAAAGUGCAACAACAAGCGAAGGUUUCUGAUGAUCUCAAACGUAACAGCACAGACAAGGACACCCUUUCAGACUGAACUUGCGGACUAUUAAGUAGAAAGACUUCAGGUCAGACAGCUUGCUCUUGGCUUCGCAGGGGCCAUAGUGGACACUCAGGUUGUUUGUAAUGACACUCUCAGCUUUCUCCUAUCACGAAAUAUAGAAUAAGCUUCUGCAUCAGCGGAAGACUGAAAAUCAAGUAGAUUCUUGUUAUUUAACAUGUGAACAUUAUUUUCCAGAAAUCCUGCUUCCUGAUGAGCAGCAGUAUUUACCAAGUGGUUAUUUACAUCGACUGUAAACGACAGAUGAACAAUGUAAUUAUGGAUGUGCAAUGUUACCCCUAAUUACACCUACAUGGGUUAUUCUAAGAACCGUUUGGCUGAGUCACUCUUUACCAAUGCCUCUGGCACAUCAUCGCCCGUAGUGGACCUCGACAUGGCACAUUUGAUUAGUUGCUGAGAGGCGAGAGGAUGAAUGGUGCAUUUAUUUUUCUCACCAUGAGACUGAGGCUCUGUCAGUUUUCUCAAAAAAAAAAAAAAAAAAAGAAAAAGAAAAUGUGUCUGUAACUGUGAACAGCACACAGGUUUAUUGACUCAAUGGGACAAGGGCUGUCAGCAGCAACACUUCAAUUUACUAAUUGUCUAACUCUGCUGACCUGUGUGAGUGAGUGUGUAUGAUGUGCGUGUGUGUGUGUGUGUGUGUGUGUGUGUUGACUUUAAGGUUUUUCCUGUAGAAAGUGUCAGUGCCUCCUCCGGCUGCUAUGUACUACGGAUCUACUGUAAUAUUGAUAAGAACAGAGACCAGAUUUCCUGGUGCAGGCAGCAGUUUGCUGUCUGUCAUGCGCAUGUUUCACUCGAUUGAGAGAUCAGUAGUUUAUCGUUACGUUUUUGAAAAUCUUAUUGAGGUGAAACUCAGUGUUUAUCAGUGUUAUUAUGUACAUGGCUUUUUAGUGAUCACCAUCAAGGGACCAAAGGGCCUUAUAGGAAAAUAGCCUGACUCAGUGAUAUCUGGCUCUGUGUUGCUUUAACGAAGUAUUACUUUAUAUUUGGUGUAUUUGAUGGGAGGCGAAGAUCGAAAAACACUGUAUUAUUUAUUUCAAACUAUUUUGUGUUUUCUGUCUGUUACCUAUUUAUUGUUCAGUUACUUUACUGUGCUUUUGUUCCAAAAGUCAAGCAAAGUGGAGCUGAUCAAAGAGCGAGAAGACUGUACAGAUUUUUACUUUGUUGAAUAAGAGCAAAAAUUGAUUUAUGCCAUCGAGCUCUUGCUUUGUAAAACUGAGCUGUAUUUGAGCUUGGGGGGUGUAUUUGUGUUGAACUGAAGGAACAUUACCUUUGAGUUAUGUGCAUAAUGCAGAACCUAGAAUACAACAUUCGUCACCAUUGUUUCAUCUAGUUAUAGUACAGUAAAAUGUUAAAUCAGAGAUACAAGCACAUUCAUGGAGGUACUUAUCGAGCACGGUACAGCAGGAAAAUUUCUCAAACUUUUCCGGAAAAAGGAAUCGAACACGAACACGGCAAUAGCCACAUAGCCAUUUUCACUUGGAGGAUUUGCAGGCUUUGUGCAGGACAUUAUGGCUAUAACCCAUAUCACACAGAGCUGCUUGGAGAUUCAAAUGACUGAUUUUACAAAGUGGUUGAGAGCAAGAGCUCUGUGCAUCUGUACACCUGUUCCCUGCACUCAACUGAAAUGGUGUUUUGCUCUCCAGAAAUACAAACAGCUACGGCAACGCAAGUAUAACAAUCACAGCUGCAGAGGUUGUGGAUUCAUGGCUGUUUCCAAUAAAUAUGAAUUGUAAUGCUGCUCAACCCCCCCUGCCCCCAACUAUGGCUUUAUGUGGUGAGAAGGCUGCUUUGUUUAUUUUUUAAGAAGUAUGAAUUAUGGCUUAAAGGUGACAGAUGCGGCAAUCUGCCUCUUGAUCACCGUCCUUUUCCCUGAAUCUGCCUGUAUUGUCUCUUCCCUGACUGUGUUUGGACCAAACUACGUGGUCUGAGCGUCACAAUCUUUUAUCCCCCAUCUGUCACCAUCCUUCUCCAGUUUGGAAA